AAAACAGAUAAUUUGCCUCAUGUGUAAGUGAAGAAGAUAAGGAACGUCAGGUAGGGGGAAAAAGCUAGCUACUGCCCAUGUUGGAGUAAAGGAAUUCUUAAACCCAACCUUACCCAUAGAAGACUGCAAAUCUGAAACCAUGGGUAGCUUGGCUAAGCCCAAUUCUACGACUCUAUGCCAUCCCCACCACAUAACCGCACCCCAAAAGGGUAACCGGAGCCACUCAAUUCCGGCAAUCCGAGCGUCCUCUUCCUCCCCCUCCUCCGGCGAAGGUAAUAAGGGUAGUAGACGACAGAUGGUAUCGGCUUUCUUGGGUACUACAGCGGCACUGGCAGUGCAGUCCACACCAAUGGCAGUAGCCCAGAACUGGGGGACACGAUCCUUUCUCCUGGAAAGGUUUUUCCAACCGGGCCUCUCACCGGAAGACGCCGUGGCCAGAAUCCGGCAGACGGCGGAGGGACUCCAUAGCUUGAGGGAGAUGGUGGAGAGGAUGUCGUGGAGGUAUGUCAUCUUCUACAUUCGUCUGAAAUCUGCAUAUCUCUCUCAAGACGUCAAGAAUGCACUCUCCACUUUGCCUGAAUACCGCAAAAAAUCUUACAUUAAAACUGCAAACGAGCUCGUUGAUAAUAUGGCGGAGCUUGAUUACUAUGUUCGAUCACCCAAAGUAUACGAGUCGUACCUAUACUACGAGAAGACAUUGAAAUCCAUAGACGAGCUUGUGGCUUUAUUGGUGUAGGUUGUGAGUUGUGACACAAGCUCGGUGAUUUGAUUUUUUUUUUUUUUUUUUUUGCCCUUUCCAUGUAAUCAAAAGCCAAAUGUAUGUAAAAGGAUUUUUAGUUCAAAAGUGAUUGGCACAAUUAGUGGUUUAUUGAUUCAAGCCAUGCUC